CUUUCCUGCCGGGGUGGGCGGGGCCUCUGCGCACCUUUAUAGGCGGCGGAGAAGAGAGGGAGCGCGAGAGUGAAGGACGAGCCUGGUGCAGAAAGCAGGAAAAGAGGGAGAAGGAGGAGAAGGAGGAGAAGAAGCAGGAGCAGAAGAGGAGGGUCCCCGCGCCCGCCCUCCCUCCCACUCCCUCCUCCCCCCAUUGCAGCCGCUCUGAGCCCUGCGCAGCCAUGAAGCUGGAGAGCCCCAGCUCAGCCGACUCUCCGCUGGAGUUCUCCGUGGCCACGGAGGCCGAGUUCGAGGAGGUCCUGGCCAUGUCCAAGGGCAUCUACGGCGGCCUGGACUACCUGCCCAGCCGUUACCACACCUGGAUCCGGGAGCCCAACCGCACCGUCGUGGUGGCCAAGAAGAACGGAGCCGUGAUCGGGCUCCAGUCCGUGUACGUCAUCGACUCGGGGGAGACGGCGCUGGUGGAGGGUCUGCGCGUGGCCCCCUGGGAGCGGGGGCGGGGCGUGGCGGGGGUCCUGCAGCGCUUCUGCGCCCAGAUGGUCAAGGAGCAGCACCCGGGGGUCAAGGUCUCCCGCCUCACCCGCGACGACCAGCUCGGACCCAAGGACCUCAAGAAGUACCGCGUCAUCGCCAAGCAGGGCAUCCUUCUGGUCCGCUUCGAGGCGCAGGAGCUGCUGGGCCGGCUGGAGGCGGCGGAGGCGGCGCUGGCGGCGGCGUCGUCGGGCGGGGUGGCCCCGGCGCCGGAGCUGCUGUCGGAGAGCGAGGUGCCGGGGGUGGUGCUGUCGGAGCGGUUCCGGCGGGAGGUGCUUCCGGGCGGGACCAUCAUCCAGGACUGGCAGCCCUUCAAGGCGUGCGAGAGCAACCUGGCGCUGCUGCGGCAGAAGGAGCUGCGCUGGCUGGUCGACCGCCGCGACCUCCCCUCGGUGGCCUCGCUCAGCACGCGCCCCUUCCCGGUCCCGCUGGGCGAGGCGGGGGCGGGGGCGGGGGCGGGCUCCGGCGGCGGGGGCUGCCUCUACCUCAACGUGGACGCCUUCGGCCGCGGGCCCGCGCCGCUCCUCCAGGGCCAGCUGCUCCGCCACCUCCGCCUCCAGCUGCCCGCCCUGGGCCCCCGCCACGUCGCCUGCCAGCUCUUCCUCCCCCCAGACCGGUGGCGCGACCUGGCCGCCUUCUGCGCCGCCGCCCUCGGCCUCGAGCCCGCCAAGGCCUACGCCGAGCAGCUCCUCCUCGAGGAGGACCUCGUCUGAGGGGGGGAGGG